CUAACAGAUUCACUCUCUCCCAAGUCCCAAGGCCCCAACCAUCCCCAACCUCUAGUCUCAGCUCACUCCCAAAGAAUCACAGAUUCACUCGCUCUCGCUCACUCACCGCGUUCCGCACGGUCACCGCCGAACACAACGGCUGCCAACGACGGUGGACGUCACUCGUCACUCCCCUAGCCGGUUCUUCUGCCUCGUCCCACGCUGCUAGUGUCUGCUCGCCUCUGCCUUCUCCAUCUGUGUCGUCCCCGCUGCCUUGGCUCCGGCGUGCCUAGCCUGUCUCUGCCUUCGCCUCGGCCUCGUGCCUCUUCUGCCUCUUCUUCCUCCAUCGUCAUCGUGUUGGCUCCUCUUCGAAGCUCUGCUCUCGUUCACCGGUGGACUGCUCUGCAACCGCGAACACUGCAACGGCCCCAAGUUGGAAAACCGUCCCUGACUUUGUUUCUGACUUUCUGCUUCUGCAGCGUAGUGUAGCUUCAAGGCUGGCGGUGAUUGGUGGUGGGUUCGCAACAACACCAGUGCCCACACAUCUCAGAUUAUUGAUUCUCCUCGUCGUCUGAAUUAUUCAGUUACUGUUCUUGUUUCAUCAACUCUGUUGCUGCAAAUCUCACUGCAGUUUUGCUGUUGGUGUUGCAAGCUCCAUUUCUUUUUUAUCAUAUCAAUAUCAUAGUUGUUGGUCAGAGUGAAUAAACAAAAUGAAUAAAGGAGGACCAGUAGGUGGAGGAGGGUUGGGGGUUGGUGGAAGCGGGCCUACUGCAGCGGCUGCUGCAGCUGCUGCUCAGAAGCAGAAGACAUUGCUGCAGAGGGUGGAAGGUGACAUUGCCAAUAUUGUGGACAAUUUCAGCCACCUUGUCAAUGUUGCCAGGGUUAAUGAUCCACCUGUUAGAAAUUCACAAGAAUCUUUUAUGAUGGAGAUGCGUGCUGCUAGGAUGGUUCAGGCAGCUGAUUCGUUACUUAAGUUGGUCUCGGAGCUGAAGCAAACAGCUAUCUUUUCAGGGUUUGCUUCUCUUAAUGACCAUGUAGAACAAAGAAGGGUUGAAUUUAACGAACUCGGGGAGAAAACUGAUCGUUUAUUGUCUAGAAUUGGAGAGGAAGCUGCUGCAAGUCUUAAGGAACUUGAAACUCAUUAUUCUUCUUCUGCGCAGAAGAAUAUUCAAAACCUUAAACCAUAGUGUUUAUAUAUAUAUCAAUGCUUUGCACCUGACACUUUGAUGAAAACUCUUUGACUGUAUAUAAUUGAUUCUUUUUUUUAACCCGGUUCUAAGUUCUGAAUAUGGAUGAAUGUAAUUUAGGACUAGGAAUUAUGCAAGCUAGAUAUUCCAUUACUGAGAAAGUUGGAUGGAAUAUAGCCUAGCACAUUUUAAGUGCAACGGAUUCUAUGGAUGGUUUAAAUGUAGCUUGAAAUUACGGGUAAGAGCAAUGCUUAUUUGUUUGUUUUUUACGGUAUUAUUUGUUGAUUAUGUUAUAGGACUUUUUUUUAUUUUGAGUAA